CAAGUCCAGACUCCAAAAGAACACAAGUCUGUACUCAGUGUACUUUGAAUUGAGAAACGCCGACAGCUUCAGCACACGGACGAAGUAUCUAAGGCGCGCUUUUUUGUCGUCAACAUUUUAGUUUUAACCGCCGCGGACUGACGUCACUAACGUCCGCUGGCCGUCGCCUCAUAACUACUGUGAUAUUUACGUGUGUGUACUGACAUUUAAUUGUCUAAGUAAAACACUCGGUACUCGUGUGAUCGUAUACGGCGCAGUAUGCGUCCAUCUUUAUUACUCUUAUCUGAAUGACAUCAUCAACAAGCGACACUUCCUUGAACCGGAAGUCAAGAUACUACAACUGCGUAGUUUGGUGAAAGUGGAGUCGCAUGCUCGAAACAACGCGGUUUACUUUUCCAAACUCCUCGUGAUUUCACCUUCCCAGUUUUUCUUUUUUUUCUUCUUCUUCUGUAGACGUUUUUCACAGAGGUCAAGGAAAAGUGAUUAAGACUAGGAGUUAGGAGGUAACCGCUAAGUUUUGGACUAUUUGACGCCAGCCAGUCGUUAUUUUUGAGCGAUAAAAUGGCGCAGAAAGGAGUUCAGCUGGACCGGGAGACCUUCUCUUGUUGCAUCUGUCUGGAUCUCCUGAAGCAUCCGGUGACUAUUCCCUGUGGACACAACUACUGCAUGAACUGUAUUAAAACCCACUGGGAUAAAGAGGAGGAGAAGAAACUGUACAGCUGCCCUCAGUGUAGGCAGGACUUCACACCGAGGCCUGUCCUGGUGAAGAACACCAUGUUGGCAGAUCUAGUGGAAGAGAUGAAGAAGACUGGACUCCAAGAUGCUCCUGCUGAUCACUGCUAUGCUGGAGCUGAAGAUGUGGCCUGUGAUGUCUGCACUGGGAGGAGACUGAAGGCCUUCAAGUCCUGUCUGGUGUGUCUGGCUUCUUACUGUAAGAAACAUCUUCAGCCUCAUUAUGACUCGCCAACAUUUAAGAAACACAAGCUGGUGGACCCCUCCAACAAGCUCCAGGAGAACAUCUGCUCUCGUCACAAUGAGGUGAUGAAGAUGUUCUGCCGUACUGAUCAGCAGUGUAUCUGUUAUCUCUGCUCUGUGGAUGAACACAAAGGCCACGACACAGUCUCAGCUGAAGCAGAAAGGACCGAGAGGCAGAGAGAGCUGGAGGUGAGUCGACUAAACAUCUACCAGAGAAUCCUGAACAGAGAGAAAGACCUGAAGCUGCUCCAUCAGGAGGUGGAGGACAUCAACGUCUCUGCUGAUGAAACAGUGGAGUACAGUGAGAAGAGCUUCACUGAGCUGAUCCGUCUCAUGGAGAAAAGAAGAUCUGAAUUGGAGCAGCAGGUCAGAUCCCAGCAGAAAACUGAAUUGAGUGAAGUUAAAGAGCUUCAGGAGAAGCUGGAGCAGGAGAUCACUGAGCUGAAGAAGAGCGACGCUGAGCUGAAGAAGAUCUCACAGACAGAGGAUCUCAACCAGUUUCUACACAACUACCCCUCACUGUCACCCCUCAGUGAGUCCACAGACUCAUCCAGCAUCAACCCCCAUCCUCGGAGGCACUUUGAGGACGUGACAGACGCCGUUUCAGAAGUCAGAGAUAAACUACUGGACGUCAUGGAAGAGGAAUGGCGAUACGUCUCACUGGCAUUGAGAGGUGUGGACGAUUCACUAUCGCCUCCAAUGGCAGAGGUCAAGGCCGAGGCCAGGGCUGGAUUCUUAACGGAUUCACAGGGAAGGACAGUGGAUCCAAACGCAUGGCGGACAGUAUUAGGUGGGGGAAAAAAAUCUAAAUCAAGGAAAAAACGUCAGUCUUAUGUUGUACAUGAUUGGAGUCAGAUUUGUGAAGAAGAUGAUUGGAGUCAGCCUUGUGUUCAUGAAGGAGUUUGGAGUCAGCAAGAAGAUUGGAAUGACUGGUCCUGAGUUUUGUAAACCAAAAUAGACAGCAGUCAUUUGAGGGUUAAACUCAUUUAGUCUCCAUGUUUGUCUGAGAGCUGAUUGUUGAGGCGAUUUUUCGCUGCACUGAGAUCAGCUGUCAGUCAAACAUUCUGGCUGCUACUUCAACAUCUUCUCGAGUUGUUCUGUACAUGUUUGAGUUCCUGUAGGUGGCGCUCUUUCCAGUGUCUGUUUAUCCAUGGAGGCUCUCAUGAUGACGUUUGUUAUCAUUUUGUUGAGUUUGAUAACAUUGUAGUCUUCGCCGAGCUCUAAAUGUCUGAUUUAAUAUUUCUGUUGAUGCUUUUCUACUGUUGUUUCUCUUCCGAUGCACGUUUAUGAAGAGAGAAACUCAUCAUCUUUAACAUGGCUGAGUCUCAGGUCCUCUGAUUGUGUGGAUGAAGUGAAUCUGUCCUUGGGAUCAUUGAUCAAGAGUCAUUUCACAGACUUUACCGAUGUGUGUGAGAACAAACUGAAUGUUUACAUGAUGAAUAAACAAAUAUGAAAAAAGUA